AUGUUUCCUAUAAAAAAAAAUACCAACAGGUUCGUGGAGAAAAAAUCGAAGUCACAGAAGCCAAAAAAUAGAACAUCUGAAGGAAGGAAGCAACUUGGCAAUGUGCGAGUGAUUCAACGGAACCUUGUCUACAUUGUUGGGUUACCUCUUAAUUUAGCAGAUGAAGAUCUUCUCCAGCGAGAUGAAUAUUUUGGUCAGUAUGGAAAGGUGCUGAAGGUGUCUAUAUCUCGGACAGCAGCUGGUACCAUUCAACAAUGUGCAAACAAUACUUGUAGUGUAUAUAUUACUUAUUCCAAAGAGAAUGAAGCAGUUCGUUGUAUUCAGUAUGUACACGGAUUUGUCCUGGAGGGCAGAUCUUUGAGGGCUUGCUUUGGAACCACAAAAUAUUGUCAUGCAUGGCUUAGAAAUGUGCCCUGCAGCAAUUCUGAUUGUUUAUACUUGCAUGACAUUGGUUCUCAAGAGGAUAGCUUUACUAAAGAUGAAAUAAUAUCAGCUUACACAAGGUAA